AUGUACUAUCCUCAGGAGCUGCCGCAUCCAACGGCACGUCGGCCACUUUAUGGGAAUUACAUCAAUAAAACUGUGCCACGUCAUCAAAAACUCGCUGGCUGCUGCAAGGAUGGCAAGUUUGUUGGACUAAUGAUACCCUACCUAAAGGAGUACUGUGCCAACUCUUCAGUGCAUGGCUUUCGCUAUUUGACGGAUCCAAAAAUGCGGCAUUUUGAAAGAAGACCAAUCAGUGAAUUAAUAGUCAACUUUCCAUUCUCUAGAUUCAUUUGGUUUCUGAUUUUGGUGGGCACCUGCAUUUGUGCCACAAUUGUUUACGUUGACCUGACCGAGCUGUACAACUCCGCACGCGUCCACACGACCAUUGAAGACAGUAUGCAGCCGAUAUUCUUUGUGCAGUUUCCCUCGGUGGGGCUCUGUCCACGCAGUCGCAUCAACUGGCCACGACUGCAGCAAGAGAUGCCGGAACAGUUUUUGGGCAGCGAUGCCAGCGCAGAGAAGAAGGAGCUGUUCAGAAGCUUUUUUGCUGCUGCGUCUGGGGUGCACUUGAAUGAUAUGCGGAGUCUGGGGGAGUUCUUUGAGAAUUCAACGCUGGCCGCAAAGAUAAGUCAGUUAGAUGGGUUGGAUGUGGCAAAGGUACUGGAAACUCUGAAUCUGGAGUGCACCGAUUUAUUUACAAGCUGCCAAUGGAGGGGCAAGCCGCAUAAUUGCUGCGAGAUCUUCGAGCUGCAACGCACCGAAUUCGGCUUCUGCUGGGUCUUCAAUUCGGCAAUUAGCGAACAGAUGCGACAGCGGGAGAAAGAAGACAAGUACUAUCCACGCCGCACGGCCCAAUCUGGUCCUGGCACUGGCCUGGAAAUAUUCAUGCGGCUAAACAAAACACUUGCUAUGCCUGGCUUACGUGGCAUGUACAUCAUGAUUAAGCAGCCUCAGCAAUGGAGCGAGGCAGCUCGGCUUGUGCCACAUGACUGCCACAAUAAAAUCAGCAUGGUGCCACGGUACACUGGCUCCGACAUGCGAACCCGCGUUCUUACUGCAAAAGUCAGACGUUGCAUCUUCCCCGAUGAGGUUCAUGAUCCACACUAUAAGAAUCUGCCGGGCUUUGUUUACUGGCGUGGCAACUGCCGGACCAAAUGCCAUCAGGAACACGUGAUCAAUCUGUGCAAAUGCUCCCCAACUCUGCUCUUUCCCCGUCAUCAGAAAGGUGCGUAGAACCUUGAAGUAAUGUUAAAUUUGGUGAAAUAUAGAUAUUGAUCCCAUAAUAGAUAAUUUUUCGGAGUGCAAAGCCUCUGAUUUCAAGUGCCUGUAUGAACACCGAUUGACUUUCAGCAUGGAGCGCCAUCCGCUGGAACAGGAGUAUGUGGACAACGUGUACAAGGACAGCAUGUCGUGUGAAUGCCUCAACAGCUGUUCACAGCUCGUCUACGACACCAUCUUUAGCAACAGUGCAAUGGAGUAAGGCAGCUCAGCUCAUAGAGACUCAAUCUGGCCAUAACCACACUAUCUUUUACAGACCGCAAGAGAUGGAUGCUGGGGCCAUUAACAUGCAUCUGGACAUCUUCUUUCAGUCACCCUGGUACAUUAAGUAUCAGACCCAUAUGCGCUUCACCUUUGUGGAACUGCUCGCCAGCUUUGGUGGCAUCAUUGGUUUGUUUCUGGGCGCCUCGCUGCUCAGUGCAAUCGAGCUGAUCUACUACGCCACUAUUGGCCUAUAUCUGUAUUUAUAUCGCGACAACAGGAAGUCCAAGCAGCCGCCUCUGGCGCCGCACUCACCCGCUCCCAUAACGCUGCACUUCCGACGCAGAAUAACACCCAGGAAGAUUGUUUAUUGAUGUGAAUGAA